CUUUCCCCGAUGACCACGGCCCCGUCCAGCCCCGCCCUGUGAGCGCGUUUCUGCUGCGUGCGAAGCUGCGACAUCAGCGACCAUGGAGAAGCCGAGCGAGGCCGCCCAGAGCGCGGGAUCCCUGCAGCCCAGAGAGCCCAGCCCCGCAGGGUCACCCACCUCGGACCAGGCCAAGGUGGAGACGAUGCCCGUUCUGCCCUCCUACCCCAUCCCCAUCUCUGCCACACCUUGGACCCUGGAUCGCCCAUCCACCAGGGGCCUCUUUUCCAUCACAGUGCCUAUCUGGCUGGAUGCCCCCACCUUCCUGCUCAACCACACCCUCCUGGGGUCCUCUGUGGCCAGGAGCCAGAUGCCCCUCUCUUAUGGCCAAGGGCUACUGGUCACAGGCCAUGGCGGAACUACGCCACAUGCAAUAGGCUGCAGGUGCCAUCCACAAUACUGGUGCAGCCCCCAGUGGCCUUGUGCCAAUCCUCUGCAGCCCAGUGGCACCCAGCCACCUUGGGUGGGGUUCUGUGGGUCUGGCCCCAUGCAGAACUCCUUUCCAAGAUGGGAUCCGCAUGGGUCUGCCUCGGCUGGGGGGAGAAUCAGGGCACAGGGGGGCAGAAAGAUUUUAUUUGCCCCUCUGGGGGCUGGAAGCCGUAGGGCAAGGUGGGCUCCACCCCAUAGAAGGCAGGACUUGGGGGUUCAUGGAAUGGUCCAGGGCUCGGGUUAUGCACCCAGGAAGCGGAACCAAGAUGGCCACCCAUGGGGCACCCCAGAGACCAAGAGAUGGUCUAGCGGAUGGCCAGAGAGACAGGGCUCUGGAGCAGAAGAAACUGAGCCAGCCAAAGCCACGGGGGAAGAUUGUGGCUUCGAAGGCUCCAACAGCUCCCCUCCAGGAGAAGACAACUCCCACCUAGCAAAGAUAGCAGCUUUACCACCUAGCAAAGACAGCAGCUUCUACAGCGAUCUUGAGAACCUCUUCACUGACCUGCCCAAGAAGUCUAGCACCGUCUCAGAUCCACACCUGAAGAGACAGCCCCCUGGGGACGCUGCCGAAAGUGGGAUACGUCCCCCAGAAGAAGGAGGACAACAUGGCCAAGUGUCUGUCAAGCUUGAUUUUGACGUUGAAUUAGGUUUAAAACUGGGACGUGCCUAA